GGGCUGGUUCAGAACAACAGUAGUGCAAACAGCAGAGGAUAAGACAGUGACCAGGAUUACACUGGACAUAGACACUUUGGCAGGAUGGCCCACAUGAAGAGGUUUGCUGGGAUUCCAAUGUCAAAGUCUAUGAGGGAGAUUUGCAGAGAGGAGGACUAUAUCUUCCUGGAGAAGCAGGGUGAUCCGGACGCAGACGACCAAGAUGCAGGCUUCUCAGACAGCGAGUUUAGAGAGAAGAGAGAGGAUCGGAUUCGACGGAAGCUUGAGAGAGAGCAGCAGGAGCAGGAGAGACUCAAGGAGGUGGAGCGACAGAGAAAGGAGAAGGAGGAGCAGUGGAGAAAGCAUGUGGCUGAACUAGCCUCUAAACAAGAGAACGCGCUCAGAGACAGAGCCCUGCGCCUCCGAGACUUCAGGAACUUCCAGAGGAAGGUGCUGGUGGAGGAGCUGGGUCGUGACCCGGAGUGCACCAGAGAGAUGGUGGACCAACUGCUUAUCAGAAUGUAGCCGCAAGUGGAUCUCACAUCACUGCAGCAGCAGCAAAGAAAAUGUGUUUGGUGUUUACCAUUGAACACAGGCACGCACACACACACACACACACACACACACACACACACACACAGUAUCUGAGUGUCUGUCAUAUCGGGUU